CUUCACCAGGUUUCUCAGGCUGCAGCAGACUUGAAGCAGUUCUGCUUGCAAAAUGCACAGCACGAUCCCCUACUGACAGGAGUAUCUUCAAGCACAAAUCCAUUCAGACCCCAGAAAGUUUGUUCAUUUUUGUAAUUACGUGAACUGCCUUGGUAUCUUUCAGUGAUCUUUUAGCAUCUUUCCUAGCUGCUGAUGUGUGUAGAGACAGAGUGCCUCAAGGAGUGGCUUGGUUUGAAGUCUGUACAAAAGCUUAGCUUUAAUGUGCCAAAUCUAACUGUAAAAUUGCUACUAUUGUCAAACCUCUUACCAUCUACCUCUCCAAAUGAACUGUAUGCUAAUUAAUACUUCUGUUUCAUGAGGGAAUCAGUUUUAUAUACCAAGCAAAAAAAAAAUAAAGUAUUUUGACUUAAGUCUGG